GGAAGUGGGGCGGGUGCGCCGGAAGUUGAUGGGAAUUUCCUGUGAGCUCGGCUUCCUCAACAUGGCAGCGCCCUUGUCAGUGGAGGUGGAGUUCGGAGGCGGCGCGGAGCUCCUUUUUGACGGCAUAAAGAAACAUCAGGUCACCUUACCUGGACAGGAGGAGCCCUGGGUCAUCCGGGACCUCCUUGUCUGGAUCAAGAAGAAUUUGCUAAAAGAGCGGCCAGAGUUGUUCAUCCAGGGAGACAGCGUGCGGCCAGGAAUUCUGGUGCUGAUUAACGAUGCGGACUGGGAACUGCUGGGCGAGCUGGACUACCAGCUGCAGGACCAGGACAGCAUCCUCUUCAUAUCCACGCUGCACGGUGGCUGAGGACCCUACUCUGUGUCCCGGCUCCCAUGGGGUGGGGAGAAGAGCACAGUCAGACAUCCCCUGGGGCCCCACUUCCAGGUCUCCCUGUCCCCCUUGGCCGCUUUCUUCCCGGCUCUGUCCCCCGAGCUCCCUCCAGGCAGGGAAAAGAGGCCAGGUGCUAAAAAUGAGCCUUUCUCAGGCACGUGAGUGGGGGCAGGCGGGCUCAGCCCUGCGUCCUCCCCCAGCAGCCGAGGUGGGGGAGGGUGCCCCUCUGGUUUGUUAUAACAGGAGGGGGCUCCCUGGCCAGGUGACCCAGCUGCCGUCUACUCCUUGUGUCUCAGUCCAAACACCGAGUGACCACUGACAAGGCACUCCAGCUCCCGGGCUCUGGUGUCUUCAUGGGGAAGAUGAAUGGACCGGAAUAGCAGAUAGGAGGCCCCUCCCUUCUCCAAGAUAGGAGGAGUCUCUGCCUCAGUUUCCCCAUCUAGACAGCAGAGGGCUAUGGCUGUCCCCCACUGAUAUCAUUAUGGAACCCCAGCUGGGGUCCCCUAUUCAGUGCUGACUCCCCCCUCCCAGCAGCUGCUCUCCCAACCACACCCCUCCUCCUGCUCCCCCAUCCCCAGCCCUUGACCCUGGCUGGCCUUCCCCCCCCCACAGGCCACCAGAUGGGCUCCUAAGACCCUCCCCCAGCAAAAGGCUGCCUGCAGCUCAUUCUGGAGAGGGAGAGCGAGGAGCAGGCAAAAGCUUGGACUGGCACAUAGAGGCCUGGGGGGUCAGAGGGCCUCAGUUUCCUCCUCAACAGCAACUGAAUAUUUAUAAGUAUCUGAAAGCAGGAGUGAUCCUUGAUGGCACAAAUGUAGACUUGAUCUCCUUUCCCACCUCCUGCAGGAAGCAGGAUGGGGGCAGGCAGCACCUGGUAGGCAGGGUAGGCAGGCCCCUCCUCCCUCCAUGCCUUCUGGAAGUCUUGGGGCCUCAGUGCCUGCAACAGCUGGCCUUGGGCAAAUAAAAGACUAGGUUGUUUACUAGC